CAGGUGAGCCAUGACAUCAACCUUGACAAGAUAUGUCAUUUUAUCCCUAAUUGUGACAAAUCAGGUGAUUGUUACGUCAGCUGUAGUAACCAACAGACAGUUGUUACUGGGUUCGGUGAUGGGUGCUACUCUACUCGUGCCGUAUGUUUAUGAAUAUAACUUUCUCACACCUGAGGUGAUUGCUCUACUAACAGCUGGUGCCUUACUUGCAACAAUUCCUACAAGAACCACAAUUGUAGUCCUAACAACGACAACAACUACAACAAUCCCGACCACAACAACAGGACAACCAACUUGUACUGCAUCUGGGUAUAAAUACGACCCUGCAGCGGGAUGUUACCUGGUUGUAGUUAGAUCCAUUUCUAUACCUGCUGCCAAACAGGAGUGCAUUGACGAUGGGGGCAAUUUAUUGUUGGUUAAUUCUAAAGCAGAGGGAGUUGUACUUACAGCAGAAUUGAGUAAGAAAAUUGAUGUAACAAAAACUAACUCCUUAUUUUUUUUUUAA